AGUUAAAAAUAAAAAUCUGGCAAAGUCUCAUAAAACUACAUAAUAAUAUUGUGUUCGAUACGUUUGUCACUUUAUUUUUGACACCAUUUCUGAACGAAGCGUAGCAGUCACGCUUGCGCGCUACCUACCGGAUCAGCCGCAAAACGUUUCCAUUCAAAUAUUUCGGUUUGUAGUGUCAAAUCAAACGCUCAACGGGGAAAGCUUUAUUUAAUUUGAUUUAAAAACUAAUUUAAUUGAUUUCUACUGCUGUAAAACAAUAUACAAAAAGCGUUAAUUAUGUUAUUUGUGACCCUAAGUGUUUGAAUUUAAAGAAGGUUUACAAGUUUGUAUAAAACUUAUCAUGGAUCCCUUUACUCAGCGCAUGUUAGAGCGAGCACGAGCCAGACAGGAGAAAAUCGACCAGAAACUCGCAAGUUCCGGUCAAACACCAAGACGUAAGCCGUUAAGCGAGAACGUUUCUAUUCUGAAAAAGGACGUUACGCCUACGAAAUCUCCUAGCAAAGGUACCAGAGAUUCUAUCUCGUCGCCGAGGAAAUCUUCAAGAGAGUCAUUGAAAUCAGAAUCUCCUAUUAGAUCGCCUAGAAGCAGCAAGACAGAUGCAGUAGUGUCAAAGCCUCGCAAUGACUUUGUAGUGACGAAAAAAGAGUUUGUUACACCUAAACGCGGUAGUCUCAACAGACGAAACUCGGACGUGUCCGUGGAGAUUAACAUUAUGCACAGAAAUGAUAUACAGAUUGAAGUACAAGUGGAAGAAAGAGAUGCUCCUAUUGAUGUUGUUUACAAUAAAGAGAGUGGAGUGAUUGUGAAAGAAAUUGAAGAUGACACAUCUAAACGUCAUUUGGAGACGAACCUUGACGAAGUGGAACACAAGACUGAAAAGACUGGCUUGAAGAACAACCUGAGGAACAAAUCUAGAUUGGACAGACUCGGGAAUCUAUAUUCAGACACCCCAACCCUCUCAUCGCCUAUCCACCGCACCGAACAGGACUUCCACUCGGCCACGCCUCCCAAAGUCCAGGAAACUAAGACCAGACCUAGAGACGGGAAGAAGUUCGGCAGACUCGCUGCUUUGGCUGACCAGAUCAACAAUUGGGAGGAUGAUCUGACGCAUCAUAAUAUUCAUCCCGAACCCAGAAAAGAAAAGAAGAAUCCAAUAAAAUCCAAAUUAAAGGAAGAACAAGACGCAUCCACCCUUGACAUCUCCAUACACUCCAUCAACGACAUCAAUAAGGCACUGCACACUGUCAAAUCUGACAAGACGUCAAAAUCAUCAACAUCGAAACCGCAUACGUUCACAAAGCCGGGCACGCCGCUUGACAAAAAAAUCGUUGCGGAACUGGAACACGAGGGCUACCGUCGCGUCUCGGCCAGCCAAUCGCGGCUCGUAUACGAUUUCACCACGGAAACCGCCGAUCGCACCCGACAGGAGCCGAAGCGGACAUCGACAACCCCCAGUGCAGCUGCAACCCCCAACAUGGCUGCCGCCGUGGCCCACAAGCCGGCGAUAACAAAAAAACCUUCAAUUAAAAAAUAUAAAGCGCCCACGCCGCCUGUGGAGGAAAAUUGUGACAGUGAUAAAGACAAGGAAAAUAAUGUGGUGGUUGCUGAAGAAAAUCAUAAUAGUGAAACUAAUUGUGUACAAACAAAAGACGCUUCUCCUAUUAUCAAACGCUUCGCGCCAAAAACGAAUAAUGAUAGAAGUUCAGUUCUAUCCCGGGCAGCUAUGUUCGAAGCUGGGAGCCCGAAGGCCAAAGACCCAGCAGAGAUGUCCCUUAGGGAGCGUAAAGCCCUAUUUGAGAAGAAUAAAGGGGCUGCUAUCGUGCCUAAAGCACCGUUCGGCCAGGCACCCUCCGCUAAAACCCUCAUGGGGGAUAAAGACAAAAAACCAGCAGUACCAACCACACCGACAAAAACUAGGCGUAACUCCCAAGACGAAGACAGUAUUAGUGUGACCUCAGUCGGCGGGAUCAAAGGCAAACUGGCCGCGCUGUUCAAUAAGGAGCAGACGAUAAGCGAGUCGACCAUAGCCAACAAGUUCAAGCAGGAAAGGGAGAGGGAGAUGGAGUUGUUGCAGAAUAGAUUUCAUUAUAAGCCAAAACCUGAGCCAGAACAGCCCAACGACUCAGACGAGGAUCAAAACGACAAUGAACCCUCGGAAAAAGCCCCGCUCAUGGGCAGCACCACCAGCCUGACCCCUAAGAAGCCGGAGGUCAUCGCUAACAUACCUAAAGUGGCGUUUGAUGAGGCCAGGAAAGCGGAGGAGAGGCGGGAAAAGAUUGAUGAGAAGAUUGCUGGCGCGCAGCCUGUUAAAAGACGAAAUUCCCAAGACUCUCCGGUAGUCCUAUCCGUACUAGAAGACGUAAAAAGAAUAAAAGUGAACAACAAGAAGGAACCAAACGGCACGGUCACCAGCCAACCGGCCAGCAUAUACCCGCAUCUAUCCGACAUAGAGACCGACAACUCCAAUACCCAGGACGAAUACUCCGACUGCGGAGGCUCAAGCCAAGAGAACAUAAAUGACAAUUUGAAUAAAUCUGACAACUGGGCAGAUACAUCUUUCGGACGAGAAGUUAUGAAUGUGGUAAAGAAAAACAACUCAAGCUACAAAAAAGCAGUAAAAGAAUCAGACUCCGAGGAUUCCCAGAGCGAAUGCAACAGUGAGCUGGACGACUUGCUGGACGAGGCACUGGAAGACGAGAGCGAUGGACCCACUCCGCCUAAACUUAACAAGAACGGCAGCCUGUCCUCAACCAGUUUCGUCUACCAGGACAAGGAGAAGCAGUUCAAGUCGCCGCUGAAGACGCAGCCGGCCACGCCGCGCGUCGACAAAGGCUCGGAGCUUGUCCACAGUGUGAGCUUCUACAGAAGGAUGCAGCAUGCGUCGUCAACGCCAUCAACGCCAAUGCGCGUCAUCCGGCACACGUCUCCCGAGCGGGAAAUCCCGGCAACGCCCGACGAGCCUACCGUGAACGUCACAACCGUGCGACAGCGGAUUAAAGAGUUGCAGGCAGAGGUCGCUAAACAGCAGACGGUCAUAUCACAGGCCAGCCAAGCCCUAAACCUGUGCGCAUCUACCAUAGAGUUCAGUGGAUCUACAGAGCAAGCAGAAGGAGAACGUUUGCUCCUACUUGCAACCCACCGCCGCCAAGCGUGCCUGCACGAGAUCCAGCGCUUACAAGUGGAAGGUGCCGGCGCGGGCGCCGCGCCAGGCAUGGCCGCCAUACACAUCGACAGUCUCAGCGUGCCAUUGCGCAGGGAAUACGUGCGACAACUCAACGCAGAUGGUGCCGUUGGUCACCACGCCGUAUGCCUGCUAAAAUGCCGAGAUCGAGUGCUAGCCACCAGCAUGCAGCUCACACAGCCGACCAGUCAUAUAUUACACUUCCCCGAUGAAAUCCGUAUGGAAGGACUCGCCAGCGACUUUAAAGUGACCGUGGAAGUUUACUUACUGCAAGCUUCUAAAGAAAUACUACCACACGAGGUUAAAUACCAUAUCUCGAAUAAAAAGUGUAACAACAAGCUGCUGACGCCCAAGUCCAAGGUGUCGUCGCUGAAGACGCCGUGCGUGCAGAGCCCGGGCGGGCCGCUGUCGGUGCGCAGCCCGCAGCUGCAGCUGCACGGCUACUGCAUCUUCGCGCUGCAGCAGGCCAGCCGCAAGAGCUUCACCCUCAACAAGGUCCCCGGCGGCAGCCCCCUGGAGGGCUGCGUGAACGUGGGCAUCACGGCGCGCCUGCGCGUGGCCACGCCGGCGCCGCACGCCGCCUUCCUCACGGCCUUCGACGACGUGUCCGGCCUCGGCGCCUGGCACCGCCGCUGGUUCCGGCUGCAGCCGCCCCGCCUCGCCUACUGGAAGUACCCUGAUGAUGUGCAGAAAAAGAUGCCGAUCGGCGACAUCGACCUUACCUCUGUGACGUCGGAGCGGGUCGUGCGCGCGCCGCGCGACCUGUGCGCGCGGCCGCACACGCUGCUGCUGGAGACGCGCGUGCCCGCCGGCCUGCUCGUGCCCGACGCCGGCUCCCUCGUGUACUUCAGGCGCCCCGACGGCGCCGUGCUCCGGAGGCACCUGCUGGCGGCCGACACUGCUAAGGAUAGAGAUGAGUGGUUGGACUGUCUCAAUAAAGCGCUCGAGUAUGUCAGGUGCUGUCCUGAUGAUGAAUAGAUAUAACCUCUAGUUUAACAUCUGUAUAGUUUUAGUAGCAGAUUGGUACUCUAGUGUAUUUCAAACGUUCUGAUAAUACCGUAGUUGAGACAUGCUAGCGGUUGAUAGGACGAAAUAUAGAGAUGAGUACUUGGAGUGUCUUAAUAAGACGCUUGAGUACGUCAGAUGCUGUGUCGAUGAAUAGACUGUAUAACCUCUAUACUCUAUAUCUUUAGGUAUUUAAAUAAAAGUAAACAAAGAAUUUGUAAAUUUUCGGGUAGUUAUAGCAUUUAUUAGUUAUACCAACGAAAUAUAAAGCCGCCUAGAUCUAUCAUUGCACGACCUGACUUUAACAUACAUUAUUUGAUCAUGUAAUGUUUUCAUCUACCCUCAACUGGCUUAAGGAGCCAUUUGAAGGUAGAUUUUAUUUAGUUUUAUUUAAAUACCUAAAGAUAUCGAGUAUAGAUUAUGCUCUGUAAACUUAUGGUACCAGAUUCUAGGUAGAAUGUACUGUAACCGAUCCGAUGGUACCGUGGUCAGGAGGCAUUUGCAAGCGGCUGGUACGACGAAAAAUAGGGAUGAGUGGCUGAAGUGUCCUAAUAAAGCACUUGAGCAUGUUAGAUGCUGUCCUGAUGAUGAAUAUGGAGUUUAUAUAGUUUUUAUCUUAGUUUAAGCUUUGUAUGUUCAUGGUACCAGAUUAAAGCUCUCUAUACUUCAAAAGGCCUGAAGUACCAUAGUCAGGAGACAUGAACUAGCUUUUAUAUCAACGUGUAGCUUAAGCUUUGCAUCAUUACUCUCCUUACGUGAUUCACACAACACACAUUCUGAUGAUCCGUUAAGACUGUUGUACAGUCGAGUUCAUAAAUAUAUAUACAUUUCUUCACCUUAAUCCAAUAAGGUGAAAAAUGUAUACAUAUUUAUGAACUCGACUGUACCAAGCGUAUUUUUGUUAUAUCGGGUGUGUGCAUUGCAUUGCUUAUAUUACUUUAUAUAUCGUUUUAACAUAAUAAUAUAAUGACGAGGCCUUGGUGCCUGACAGCAUGGCAAUCUACAAUCUACUUAUACACAAACAUAAUAUACCAACGAACAUAAUACACAUACACACACACACACACACACGCUCAACUGGAUUCGCUACAUUUUAGUAAGCUUAAACAAUAGUAUAUAAAAUAUUUCACUUAAUAGCAUCACAGGUUAGAUCAAUUUUUUUUUGUAAAUUAUUUAAAUAAGUCUCUUUUCAAUAAUUAUUGACUAAAAUAAUCUAUAAAGUGUCUGAUUGUGUUAACUAUGCGCGCGUCCAGCCGUUUGAAUACUCGUAACUGUGUUGGCUACCUACAGGACAGGCUUUGCCUAGUGUAGGAACCAUGUAGAAUUUAGUCCUUGUUUAUGUUAUUCGAGUACCUGCUUAUCUCUUAUGCCUAAUAUUUAUGCCCAUUAUCAAUCCAUGUACUGAAAUAAAUAAAUACUUUACUUUACUUUACUUUACAAUAUUGAUCAAAAUAUUAAAAGACAUUAAACUCUCUUAUUGCUACUACAAAAUAUUUAACACAUUCUCCAAUAUCUUCAUUCCCCUAACACUAUUAGUUUUAAUAUUUCUCUAAAGUGUACUUGAAAUAGCUAAAGUUAGCUAUAGUGAAGUUUUGACGAUUUUGUUCUCUGCCGACUGUAUCAAUAUACUGUAAAAUACAACUAACAACUUUAUAAGUAACAUUUAAAAUAUAUAAUGAAUGUUUAAUUUUUAAUAUGAUAUUAAUUUAUGUUUUUUACUUUCACGCCUAUGAAAUAUUCAUAAUGUUAAUCAUUUUAAAUUAAUGUAUUACAAUUCAUACUUUACGCUAGUACCUAAUCUUAUGUCUAGGGGUCAAAUAUAAUUAUUUAGACUGAUAUAUAAAAAUAGUACAAUAUCCAUAGAAAUAAAUUAAUGGAUUCAAUGUUGGUCCUUGGCAAUAGUAUGUUGACUUACACAAUUGUUAAAUAAUAUUACUUAAAAAUAAUUUUGCAGAAAUUCUCAAAUAAUUAUUUUAGUGCAUAUUCAUGUUUUAACGAAACGUUUCAAGAUACCAUAAAUUAUAAUUUAAUAUCCUAUACGUGACAUCACUUACCUGACAUGGUUCCGUACUUAAGGUCAGCACACAGUACCUUUGGGACUUAGAUUUUAUUAUGGUAAAGUAUUAUCUAUAGGGACCAUAAUAUUCAACAUUAGGUUAGUGGUAUUUGAUGCUUUUAAAAAGGUUCUUAAGGGGUUAUUUUAUUAUCUUAUAUAACAAAUAUCUAUAAACCAUGUAACUUUAUCACGAGCGCAAAUAUGUUUGGCCAAAACUGUACAUAAACAGAUUUUUUAUUAAUUUCGUCGAGGAAGACCGCGACUUGCAAAUUACACAUCUUAAAUAUAUUUUUAAUUUGUCAUACUCUGAAAGAGGGUCAUUGUUGUUCUAAAAACUGUGCAGAAAGUGAUACGGUUCUGCACUAGAGCAUUUCAAUUUCCAAAUACGAUUUUCUCAUCAAAAUAUACUGAGACAUGUUUAAAAUAUGUACGUAUUCGAGAUGAAAUAUAGAGUGUUUAACUCGGGCGAACGGCAUAAUUUCAGCCUCGAACUAUUGGCGCACUGAUUCGAGCGCCAAAUGACCUCGGCAGAAAUGAGUGCCUUUCAUCCCUUGGUUAACAAUCUACUAUUAAUUCAGUUUUAAACAAGAAAAACCUAAUUAUUAAUAAGGUCGAUUCGGGUGUAUGUGUCUGCGGGGUAAGUGUGGCUGACCUUCACAUUGGGGCCUGUUUACACAUUGAUUCGUUUUUAUUGCGAAUACUAAACGCAAAUAGCAAAUGUAUGAACUCGAAAUAUGCAUUUACACGUAUGCCACACUUACCCUUUUUGUCCUUACAUAUUUUUUUAUUAACAUCUGCCCACAACGUCAUUCGCUUUGAAUUUAUUUAAUUGCACUCCCAUUCCUCGUUUGUUUUUUCUGUACCAAAUUUUACCCUAUUUCACCCCUUUAAGGAAUAAUGUUUGAUAGGAGAAGUAUCUAAUAUGUUAAAUCAAUUUGAGGUUAUGUUUAUACAAAGAAAUACAUCCAUAGUUAUUUAUAGUUCUGACCAAACAUAUUACUUUAUAUUUAUAUUUGAUAUAAUGUAUAAUUUGCUAGUUAUUAUAAUUUCUUAUUUAACCCACAAUUUAAACCACCUAUUAACAAUUUUAUUAAUAGUAUUUUUUUUAGGAUUAGUUAUGUUAUAGACGUGCACAACCGUGUGUUUAAUAUAAUGCAUUAUAUUCACGAGUGUAAUAUAUAACGAUAUACGCAUUUGUAUAUAAAAUCAAUUUAUGCAAUAAAAUGUAUUUAAGUUUUAAA